UUCCUCUCAAGACCCAUGCAGGAAACAUGCAGUAGCUAGCUUACAUUCUUUGCCGAUUCCAAAGAACAGGUAAAUAACCUGUUUUCUUUUCAUAAUGAAAUGCAGGCACCUACAAUGGAUCCCGCGGAAGAGCCCCCAUCGAUGUUGUGGGGCUUGGACCCGAUCUUUUCUGCCUUUGCCAGGCUGUAUGUCAGAGACAUCCUGCAGAUGACAGAGUCCACACAGGUUCCAGGUAUUUAUUUCUACAACUCCCAUCCAAUCUACAAGGUUGAUGUGCUUGGGACAGUGGUUUACCAGAGAGAAAGAGAAGACUUCUUCUGUUAUGGAGUGGAUGAUGGUACCGGCGUGAUAAACUGCCUCUGCUGGAAAAAUGACGUGUUCAAAGAAGAGGAAAAUCCUUCUAAAUCAGGGGGAAACCCCAGUGAUGGGGCUCAGGGAGGCUUUAACCCAGUGACUGAACUGAAGAAGCUCAGGCAGGCCCAGCAGAUCCGCUGCCGCCUGGAGAUCGGAGACCUGCUCCGAGUCAGGGGGCCGGUGAAGACAUCCAGACAACAGAGAGAAAUCAUGGCCUCCACCUUCUAUAAAGUGAACGACCCAUUGAUGGCGGUCCAGAUAGCGUGGAUGAUGGAGGUUCCUCAGCUCUACAGGCAGUGUUAUGACAGACCAUUUCAGCUGCAACCUAAAGCAACCGGUGAAUCAGCUGUCAGUUCCCUCGGCAAGGCGACCAAUAUCAUCAAGGAUUUCUUUAAGCAGAAGUCGGUGAGCAGGUUCAGACCGUAUGAUGUUCAGGACCUCCUGCAGCCUCUGAUCCUCAGACUGCCUCAAACUGCAUCAGCAGACCAGGAGCCUGUGGCGGGUCCAUCUGCAUGCCAGCAGCUCCGGCAGCUCCUGAAGGAAGCCCUGAAAAUUCUUCAGGACGAGGGUAUUGUUUACCGCAAGGUCAAAUCCCAGGAUGAGCUUUAUCAUGUGACUGCACAGGACAAAGAUCUGGUCAUAGCCGUCAAAGAUAUCAUCAAGGAGGACUGCAAGAGAGAGAAGUAUGCAGAGAAGGGUUGCCACAUCCUGCACAUCCUGUCUGCAGUCAGGCAGCGUUACAGCCUCAACGUGAGCAGAGCGGCACUGGAGCUGGUCCUCAAAUCACUGGAGAGCAGCAGUGACGUCGUCAGCACCAGCGACAGCCAUUACACUGUGUUUUAACUUAAGCACAGUAUGACCGUAUAUAUAUAUUUACUAUGUGUAGUAAUGCCUAUUGCUCCAGAAUGCGAGCAUCCAAUUGAAGUAAAUCAUGUCAUUUGUAUUCCUUUGUUCAUCAUUACUGUUAUCAAGAACAUCUUUCCCAAAAGUAGCUGAACUCCAUACUCUGUAUAUGUGUCUUUUAAAUGGCUACUACUUAGUAGUGUGCUAUGGUUUAACAUAAGUGAAUACACGUUUUUCAACUAUUUUGGGAUGGCAAUAUAAUUUUGAUUACAUUUUAUAUAUAUUUUACAUUUUGAACCAUGAUGAUACAUGAUUUUGCAAUUCAGUAUUGUAAUUAAUAAUGAUAGUAGAAAUGUCCUAAAUAAAUAACAAAGUGGCUGCAAA